AUGAUCCCUUUGCUCACUGGAAAAACUAGGCACAGAUGGAUGCACUUCUUUGUGGCAAUGGCAAUUGCGACUCUCAGCUCUGAUGCCAUCCUUCAUAUAAUUCCUCAGCUUUGUGGUGGACCAGCAGCAUGA